UCAAAUGCAUGUUUGAAUAUUUUUUCUGAGGCAUUUGGCAUACUGAGAUAGUUGAUUUUUUUGUUUUGAGCCAAUGUGGUGUUCUACAUCAAGCUGGGCCAGUGUCGUGUUAUACAUAGUACUGUUUCUAGGCAUUUCUAGCCAGACUCCAUUCCCUCACACAAAUCUGAGCUGAGCUAGUACUUGCGACGGAGGGAUACAUGGGUGGGCGGCAGCGGCCAAUGUGGGGUCUGCGUGCGUGCAUGCUUCGCGUGGCGCGACAAGCAUUUGUGGUUUGUGAUCGGAUGUCCACACCGCGAACCAGUGUCUGAUGGAUGCCCGCAAGUAGACUGAAGAAGAGAUCGGAAGUAAAACCGAGGCCUCCUUGAAAGAAGGGUUAGGUCAACAGCUUAAAACUGAUCAUAUGAAGAAGAGUAGAGAUUUAACAAGAGAUUGCUUGAACAGUGUGCCACACACAGGUACAGAUAUUGAAGAUGAAGAAGGGAAGCCUGGGAAUGAUAGGAAUGAAGAAGGGAGACAUCAGUGUGUGGAAGAUACUGAUUUAGAUGAGAGAGGCUAUGAUGUCGAGAUCACCGACACUGAAGCAUCAGAGAUUUGCUGUAUGAAUAAGUUCUGACGGUGCUGACUAAAAGUGCUCGAAGGAAAGAACAUCGGAAAGCUAUUUUGGAAUGAAAAAAGAAGAGAGCAAGGAUUGACCCAAACACAAUCAAAGCCACAAUUGAUGAGAUUGCGACCAAAGCUUACAGCCGGUGUAGCGUGCCAUACUUCUCCGAGAUUGUCAGUUUCAUGUGUAAGAGCCACCACAGGGUCCAGCUUGUUAGGAACAGCGGUUUCGGAUAUCUGUUGGAGCUGGUUGACUGUCCUGUACCCAGGGGGUUUGUGCAGUGGAUCGCUGACAGUGUUGACACAAAAGCAGAAGCAAUUGUUUUCAACAAGAAGAGCAUUCCACUGAAUGCUCAGUCAGUGGAGUUUGUGUUGGGGAUUCCUUCAGGGGAAACAAUCAUAAACACUAAAGAAGAAGAGGCUGGCAAACAAGCUUUUCUUGCACUUUUUGGGUUGACAGAAGUCCCAACAAUCAAAUUCUUUGGCAAUAAGCUGAUGAACGAAGAAAUGUCUGACGACCAGAUCAUCCGUUGUUUCCUGGUUGUGGCAUUAUCAACAUUCCUCUGCCCGACAGCAAACACUAAACCAAGCACCAAAUAUAUGGGAGCUCUAGUUAAUGUGGAGCAACUCAAGCAAAUAAAUUGGUGCAGGUUUGUUCACGAUUGGAAGUUGAUGUAUAUAACGAAAUACCAAAAGGAAAAGCUGAAGCAGAACCGAACAAUGAUGACUCUAGGAGGAUGUAUAUACCACCUAGCAGUCCGUUGCCUUGAUUUUACUGAUUUUGGCUCAAUUCAAAUCCCAUCUUUGAUGCCCAGGAUAUGUGUUUGGAAGGGAGAUAUGGUCAAGCAUUUAAGUGACAUGACCAUUGGAAGAGAUGGAAAGUAUGGAUGUCUGACAAUAAAAGAAGUAUCAGAAACCUGCUAUAAGGAUGGAACUUUUGAGUGGGCAAGUAUGAUUAAGAAUUCAAAUUUCAGGAAAGCGAUAAACAAUGUUGCAGGGAAUUCUUUGUCUGACAAGGUCAAAGAGGAUAUCUUCCUCGCUUACAAAAACCAUAUGAAGAAUGAAGACCUAAAUACUUGCAUCAAAGCUAAAGGGCUUCUGCUAGACACGAUCCGCAUCAUAACCAAUGCCUCUGGUGAAUCAGGUGAUACAGUUCAAGUGGGCUCAACAGGAACUGAAUUGAAUGCAAGCCAACAAUCCAACAACUCAGGAGACACUGUCAAACUACAAUCGACUGAACUUCAAGAGGAAAAUGAUGGAGGGCAUCUGGUGCAAAGGAAAAGAAGGAAAUGAAUGUUCUAUCAACUAGCCAACAGUCUGCUGGUUCUUCUGUAUCAAAAACAAAUGCUGGAAAAGGGAGCAAAAAUGAAGCUGAUGGGUUUUGUAGCAGCCCUCCUAAAGUCCAUGAAAUAGGCAAGCUGAAGUCUGACUCUGAAGCACAAUGUCAAAGAGAGCAUUCCUCAAAGGACCCCAUGCCGGAAAUGUGUGCUCCAGCCACAUCAACUUUCGCUCCAGGAAACCAUGUAGAUGGAGGAGAAGGAUAAAUGCCCAAUCAAGCAGCGAACCACAUGAUCCCUGUUCAAUCAAGCACAAGAAGCCUUUAGAAGCUCUUUUGAAGGGUGACAAAAAAAUCCCCUCAAAACAAGGUGAAGAAAAGGAUGAAGCUCACACUCUAGAUAAUCAACAAGAGAAAAGCAACAGCCUCAACUACAUGCUUAUUGGAGAAGCAAAAGAGAACCACGUUCAAAAUGUAGCAGAGAGUGCCAAGGAGGACAUCCCAACAGAGCUCAUUCAGUCCAAAAUAAUUUUCACGGAAUCAAAGCAAACAACAUUUUCUGGUUUUCAAAACACAUCAAUUCAGGAAUUGGUACACAAAAUUUAUUUUUCUUCAUGUCAGCAGUGGCAUUCAUAGACAUGCUUACCACUCUCUAGUUGUCAAUCUUUUUGUCUUCUUCUAUGUGUUUUAACUGUGUCUUUUUUCUUGUUUUUUGUUUGUUCACUUGAAAACACACUUGAAAAAAGGACCUGCAGAGGAAAAAAUUUAGGGGGCGCCCGGAUAACCUGAGCAUAGACAUUAAUGUAAAAUCGCAACCAGAGAGUGGGACACAUAUAGAUGAGGUUUUUGCAAGAGGCUAUAAAAUCAUUAGCGACUUUCUAGACAAGGCAAGAGAAAAAUACUUGUUCGCCGAUGAUAGCACCCCCUCAUUCAGGAUCUCUGAAGAUGUGGAUGAAUGUGGAAAUAUAAUCAAAGAACAUGAAUUGUGGAGGCCUGUAUGGAUGAAGGAUGAGUGUUCCAAUAAAAAGAUAGAGGC